AUUUUCAGCUACCUUCCCUUGCACAGCUGUGAAUUUAAGUAAUGCGUGCAAGCAACUAAAUAGUAUUCAUUAAAUUGCCAUUAUAAGUUAACACAAGAGAGAGAAUGCAUAGCAGAGUGCUCUGCGUUAUAUGGUAAAGGGGGGGAAGUGGGAAUAUUGGCUUAAUGAAUGAGUUACGGUGAAUCACUGAAGUGUCUAGGAAUACGCAUUGCAAUGUAAUUCCGAUUCAACCUCUAUUUUAGUUAAACGGCUUCAAAGGUCAGCCGUACUGUGAAAUGUUUCACUUUUUUGUUUAGGGGCUGUGUGAUUAUUAUUGUUCCCCAGUGAGAAAUAUGAACCGAAAUUCCCGUGACAGAUGCAGAGGAGGAAGAAGGAAUGGCCUUUCCCUCUGUGUUGUGGAAACAAAGGAGAAAUAAAUCUUUUAACCUGCUAAUACAUCUCUACCUCUAAAGAUAUAUUCUGACACAAAAUUACAUUGCACUGAGAUCUAUUAUGCUGUGGAAUAGUCUCUCAAGGAAGCGAUGCAAGCCCUAUGGAUUGAGACAUUUAAGAACACACUAGACAAAGGGUGAGAAUAGGUAUUGUUUGUAAUAGUUCCCUGCUGUCCUGGGGGUAAGCAGGAAACUGAGGGUUUGUCCACACUUUGCUUGUCCCACACAUAGAAAUCAGAGGUCCGAGAGGUUUUCUGCUUGUCCCAGAAUGCAGUGGGAGAAACGGAAGUGUAGAAGAGCACUUAAGAGCCCCAUUUGGACUUCACAAUACUAAAUCAUAGCUUAGCAAGAAGGAUUUGCUUUCAAUUUCCACUACCCACAGUUUAGCAAAUCAUCUGAAAACUGAAGGAUAAGUAAGCUUACCUGUGGUUUGUUUGAACUAGCCGAUAUCAUGAUGCAUGAUUUGAAGUUAGCCAAUUACCAGAACACCAUAUUUGGGAUUAGCCAGCAUUUUGGGGAUUCAGCUACAGGCAAGCUGCAGCAAAUACAAACUAGAAGGAAGAUCAUGACCAUACCAGAGUGGAAGGAGCGGAGGCAUAAACCUGAGGUUCUCUAUGGCUUGUUCUGGUCAUGCUAAAUGACUGUUUAGCAUAUUGGUAUUCAACUGAUGGGUCGGGACACACUAGUGGUUUAUGACCUGCUCCAAGGUGGGUCACAAUGGGAGCACUAUCAUCAUGCAAACAUAUGGUAAACGAUUUAGGAAUUGGUCACCAAAUGCAUGCUGGGGUUAAAAGUGGGCCUUGUGUCUGAAAAGGUUGAAGAUACCUGGUUUAACAUGCUACUUGAACUGGGUUAGUGACCAACUAGAUCAGGAAAGCAGACAUGGUGCUGCCCCUGCCAACAUGCCCAAUGUUCAGGGAUGAUGAAAGUCAGGGCUGUCUUAAGCAUAUGUGGUGCCAGGGUGCAAAGAUUCACCUGGCGCCCCCCAUCCCCCGGUUGCUCAGUCCCAGGCACGCAGGAGGGUGGAGCCGGCCGACCACCUCAGCGUCUCGCUGACUCGAUCGUCCCCAAACUUGCAGCGCAGAGCCACCCGCAGCAGAAGAGCCUGCCAUGGUGCUCUGACCGAUGGGCGGGCUCUUCCCUGGACUCAACUCUCAGGCCUCAGACUCUCGGCCUGGUGCCCCUGAGAGCCUGGUGCCCGGGUGCCUCGCACCCCUAGUGCCUAUGGGUAAGACGGCCCUGAUGAAAGUUGCAGUUCAACAUCAUCUGGAGGGCACCAUGUUGGUGGCCUUUGAACUUGAUCUUUCGGGAUCAAACAAGGGCCCACAGUGGGGUUCCUUGAAGGUCUGUUUUGGGACAGAUACCUUUUUUGAAAUUUUCCAGAGUGGACCAUGAGCAGAUUUGCAGGCUGUGAAAGGGAUGUCUCCAGAUUUGACAAGUUCAAUGUAAAUAAAUAUGAAGAGACUGAGUGAAAAAAGGCCUAAUCUCACAAGUAUGCUAUCUGAUGGAGUCUAAGGCUGAAUCCUACACUCACUUACAUGCGAGUAAGCACCACUGAGUUCCCAACUGGAUGCCUAUUUUGUAUGGUUUUAGUUUUGUUUUAAAUGUAAAUUCGUUUUUUCUGCUUUUGUUGUACAACCACCUUGAAACAAUUGUAUAGAAAGUGAUUAAUAAAUUAACAACAACACUCCUCCUCAUCUGUGGUUCUUAGUUCUGAGUAGACAGGUAUAGCAUUGCAAUGGAAAUACGUUGGGACCAUUCAAGGAAGAGUCAUGCUGAAGCAUUCACCAAAAAUGUCAGUUCAACAUGCUGCCACAGCUGUGGCAACUCUAUCCAGUAGCUUUAUCAUGUAAGAACAGCCAUGAGGCUAGAAACUGACAACAGCUUCUGAGAGAGAUGAAAGUGCAGCUGAGUUGCAAGUGCUCACAGUUUUUUGUCGUUUUUACCAGUGUCAAAAAUGACCUCUCUUUUUGACAAAUUCCCAUGCCAGUACUUGUUUGUCCAUUUACAUUUCCCAACUUAUGUCAUCUCUCAGUUUUUCUUAACAGUUCUCACUUGAGCCUAGCGACAUCAUCCUUUAAGGUUUAUCAAGCAGUUUAUACAUCUUGUUGAAUGGUAAAGUAAACAAUGUAGCCAAAUUUGGGGCAUUUGAGUAUCAUAUUUUCCUCUGUGUGAUAUCCAGUAAGAUGGGGCUGCUCAUAUGGUUAUUCCAAGGUGGCCGAUGCAGCAGUUAGGAGGAACACUGCUACUGAACAGCUCUUGAAAUAUACAGAAUAUUCAUCCAUGGGGCAAAAUGUUCAAGAACAUUCAAACUAGUUUCUGACUCAAAAUAUAAAAAAAUGUUAGAAGGGACUUAAAUGAAAAUUCAUUCAACCCGUUGUUGCCAAUACGUCCACACUUUUUCCUUUCUAGUGAAACAAGGUUUUCCAGCUUUUGAAAGGACCAGAAACAAUACUGGAAAGGAAAAAUGAGUAUAUAGACUACAAGGAAUGAUGGUUCUGUCAUUAACAUCUUCAGCAAUCUAUUGUCUGUUAUUAGCCCACAUCUUAGAGACAGAGCACCAAACAGUGAAGCAGUACUUCCGAUCCAUUAUUUAGUCAAUUUUGUGUCUUGUACUUUGCAGUUACAGCUUCCAGGGAUGGAAUAGAACACUAGCACUCUCUCUCUCUCUCUCUCUCUCUCUCUCUCUGUGUGUGUGUGUGUGUUUGUGUGUGUAAUGAAAGGGACAGGAAAGACUAAGAAAUCAUAUUCUACUUUCUAACUUGACCACAAUAUAAUUCAUGAAAGAGUCCCAAAGUCAGCUCUCUCAUUAAGAAAACCACAUGCUUGGAGAUGAGACUUAUUAGAAUGCCAGGACAGACUCCGACAGCGGCUGGUGCUAUUUACUGAGGCUGUAACUCCUUCGCCAGUUUCAUUUAGGGUUCUAUAUCAAAGUGGGACAGCCAGCAAUCCAUCAUGGGUCUAUGAAAAACAAAUGAAAAGUACCAUAUCGGCUGUGAGGCCUUCCUAAAGAUAUAUAUAUGAUUAACAAGUCAAAGGCAAAUUUACCUUGCUAAUAAGACCAGAACUUUUAAAAUAUGCUGGGGGGGACGGACCCCACUACACACCUCUCAGUAGCUGACAGUAAUAGUCAAUUAUUUUUUGUUCAGAUCCCUGGCAAGGUGUCACACGGCCCCUUACCCCACCUCACCACUGUCCAGUUUUUAAAUGAGGUAUAUUUGCCUUAAAUCAUUUCCUGCAGAAAAGGAAGCUAAAUGGUUCCGCUUUAUUUGUUCCAGAAAUACAGCCUGUUUUCACAUCCUGUAGCUGCGACUCCUGACAUAUGAAUAUUGAUGUGAGCUGCUUUUGGCUAUCCUCUGGCUCCUACCUGCCAAUGCCCAUUUCUGAUCCACUAAGCACACAGUACAGAGAGAUGGUGAACUGAGAAUUGCUGAUUUAUUUUUGUCCCACGGAGCUGUGACCGCCAGCUCAAACAACCGAUCCCAAAUUUGCAUGCUUCCUUCAUGCCAGAAGCCUCUCCAAAUGUCACUAUACCUUUGACAGCAAUCAUAAAGCAAUUGGUUUCAUUGGGAUGUAGACUCUCGGCUUGGGAAAUCCCUUAAGCCAAUAAUUUUAAUUGUUGGCAAAAUAUAUGUAUAGUCAUCAGGUCCUUCUAUUCCCAUAUGAUAGACAACAGCUGCGGAAUUUUCCUUCAAAGAGCAAUUUCAUACAAGCAGAAAUAAAUAUUGGGAUUUGCAACUCACAACAAAACACUGGACUCUUUCUUAGUUAUCAGUAACUUGUAGCACCUGGCUGAGAUACUGAAGUCGUGCAUGUUCUAUUUAUGUCUUCCUGCAAACUUUGGUCAAAUUCUUACUGAGGAGGCUGUACCACUUCAGAAUAUAUGAGGUGGUAAUCAUAGGAUGCUCUUUUAUAACACACCAAACGUGAAAAUCCCCCACAUGUAAAAUUAUGACCCACUUUGGACAUUAUAUCUCAGCUUAACAUGCCAAGAUAUGAACCAGCAUUUUACUUGUUCAUGCCACUUCUCUGUUCACAUGAGCUACGAUAACACAAUGGAGUCUCCAAUCAAUUAGAGUUUUCUGCUUAAUCUGAACCAAGAAAUCAGGGUUACCGCAUUCAGAGCAAGUCAGGAACUUAAGCCAGCUUCAAGCAUGGUUUACGAUCCUGGCUUGUUCUGCGCAUCAUAACUCAAUCUUCCUCAAUUUGGAUGAAACCAAAAACAAUCGUUCAUUAGAGACUUCCUGAUUUAAUCACAGUUUGAAUGAAAGGGCUGCAUAUGCAGAUGAAAGUCUCAUUUAAUCUCAGCUAAAACUGAGAGAGGAAUGUCUGAACAAGUUGGUAGUCAAUGGAUUCAGGUUGACUCCCGACAAAACAGGGAAAGUACUGUUUCUGGGAGAUGGGGUGGGCAGGUGUGGGGGAUUCCCUAGUCCUGAAUGGGGCAACUGUGCCCCAGGUACACAGCCUGGGCGUCAUUUUGGACUCACAGUUGUCCAUGGAGGCACAGGUCAAUUCUGUGUCCAGGGCAGCUGUCCACCAGCUCCAUUUGGUACACUGCCUGCACAAUGUCUCACCGGAAUGGUACAUGCUCUGGUUUUAUCCUGCUAGGACUACUGCAAUGCACUCUAUGUGGGGCUACCUUUGAAGGUGACUCAGAAACUACAACUAAUCCAGAAUGUGGCUGGCAGACCGGUGACUUAGAGCAGCCACCAGGUAACACCGGUCCUAAAAUAUCUACAUUGGCUCUCAGUAUGUUUCCGAGCACAAUUCAAAGUACUGGUGCUGACCUUUAAAGCCCUCAAUGGCCUCAGCUCAGUAUACCUGAAGGACUGCCUCCACUCCCAUCAUUCAGCCCAGACAUUGAGGUCCAGCUCUGAGGGCCUUCUGGCGGUUCCCUCAUGGUGAGAAGUGAAGUUACAGAGAACCAGACAGAGGGCCUUUUCAGUAGUCACGCUCGCCCUGUGGAACGCCCUCCCAUCAGAUGUCAAGGAAAUAAACAACUAUCCGACUUUUAGAAGACAUCUGAAGGCAGCUCUGUACAGGGUAGUUUUUAAAGUUUGAUGUUUUACUGUGGUUUUAUAAAUUGUUGGAAGCCAGUCAGAAUGGCUUGGGCAAUGAGAAUGCUUGGGCAACUGAGGUCAGAUGGGUGGCUUAUAAAUAAUAAAUUAUUAUUAUUAUUAUUAUUAUUAUUAUUAUUAUUAUUAUUAUUAGCUCAACAUGUCAGAGCAAAUUCUAUCCUACCCCUUUCCAUGAUAUCAUUCUCUCUCUCUUCUCUCUCUCUCUGUGUGUGUGUGUGUGUGAGAGAGAGAGAGGGGGGGGGGAGCAUUUACCUCAUUUUUCACUCUGUAAGAUGCACCAGAUCACAAGACGCACCUAGUUUUUGGAGGAGGAAAACAAGAAAAAAUAAUAUUCUGAAUCUCAGAAGCCAGAACAGCAAGAGGGAUCGCUGCACAGUGAAAGCAGCAAUCCCUCUUGCUGUUCUGGCUUCUGGGAUAGCUGCACAGCCUGUAUUCGCUCCAUAAGACACACACACAUUUCCCCUUACUUUUUGGGAGGGAAAAAAGUGAGUCUUAUAGAGCAAAAAAUACGGUAUCUAUGUGAAUCCCACGUCAGUGGUACAGGUCACACAUGUUAAACACCUUAGUGAGAACUCUAUCUUAGAGCUAAGAUACUUGCCAUUCUCCCCAUACGGCAGCAGCUCAGUUUUCCUAUCUUCCAUUGUAAUCCUAUGUUUAUUUCUACCCAGGUGCAAACUGUUGCAGAAGAUGCCAGUAUGCUUCCAUACAAGCUCCACUGAAAUAAAUGAAGCCUGAGUCACACCUGCUAGAUUGCACUUAAAAAUACACCUGCUUCUUAUAUAAUAAUAUAAAAAGAUCUGUACCAAUCAGUUUUCUCAGUUUUCUUAUCCCCCAUCCUUGCCUUUUACUGACUCCUUUGUGGAUGUUCCCCCUGACACUAAUAUUUUAAAUAUUGUACUUAUAGCUGACUGGUUAUGGAUUAUUUGGUAAGCAUUUUAUAGGUUCCAAAGACAUGUGCGGCUAAUAUUCCACUUUAAUAGCUUUCUAUUAUGUUGUGAACUAUUUUUUUUCCUUUAAGAAAGAUCUGACAAAAUGGUUCCAUUUGGAAAUAUUUCUUAAUAAAAGCCAAAGACUGCAGUCUAUUUCUAUUUUUAUUAUGUAUUUCAUUGGAUUUCGGUACUUAGGGGAAUGGAGCCAAGCUCAGUGUCCGUAAGAGGCAAGUAAAAUCCUCUGGCAACUUGCCCUUAUUAAGGACAAAGCUUCAUAAGUCUUGGUUAAAAAAUGGUAAUACCAAAUGCUGGAAAGUGAAGAAGCAGGGUUGUUUGAAUAUCAAAGCAGCAUUUGCAUUUUAAAGAUGGUUGGAAGUAGCACCACAAACUCAUCACUGUCAUGUCUCUGAGGAGGAAAGGAUUUAUCACACAACAACAAAUAUACAUUGUUCACAAACUGAUUUGGAAGGUAUCUCAUAACUGAGAUUUCCUGAGGAGUGGAUGGAAGGGGUACAGUAGAUAAACUUGGAAGUUGGGGCAGGACUAUUUAAAGAAUGGUGGAGGGCAAUGAGUGAUAAGGAAGGAAGAGACUUUUUUUACAGCAGAUCCAUGCUUCAUCCUAGACUACGGAUGUAAGAAGGCAUUGGUUUUUGAACCAACUUGUGUUCUUUUCACCCAGCGUUUUUUCUGUGCCACUGCAGUUUGGCUUCUGACAAGAGACUACGUUUUUUGCCUCUGUCACCACUGUGACCAAAUUCAUUGUAAUUCAUUCCGCAAAUAAUUAAGUUAUCACCGGGUUAUUCUGCACCAUUCAUUUCAAUGCAAAAUCCAUUCAUUUCAUUGCAAAGGAAACACAGCGCAACUUGGGGCAUCAUCAAGUACCUAUUGUUUGUGAACCGAAAAAAACAACAGCAAAUACCCUAGGACCCACAUACCUACGGGACCGCCUCUCCUGGUUUGCCCCACGGAGGACCUUAAGGUCCACAAAUGACAAACUUUGGAGGUCCCAAGUCGCAAGGUGGUUAGGUUGGUCUCAACCAGGGCCAGGGCCUUUUCAGUACUGGCCCCAACUUCGUAGAACGCUCUGUCACAAGAGACUAGGGCCCUGCGGGACUUGACAUCUUUCCGCAGGGCCUGCAGGACAGAGCUGUUCCGCCUGGCCUUUGGUUUGCACUCAGUCUGACCCUUAUGUUUCCCUCCCCUUAUGGUUUUGAUCUAUGGGCUACUAUUAAGAUGAGGCUGCAUUUUAAACUGUAUUUUAAACUGCAUUUUAAAUUGGUCCCCCCCCCCAUUAUGUUUUUAUUGUAAUUUUACUGGUGUUAGCUGCCCUGAGCCCGGCUCUGGCCAGGGAGGGCGGGGUGUAAAUAAAGUUGUUGUUGUUGUUGUUGUUUCCACUGCAUUGUUUUCCAUUCUGGAACAUGGGAGGAAUAAGUGAACAUUAGCAACAUUUGAUGAAUUUGUUGCCGUCUCCACCAGUGGAAAGCAGCAUAGCCUGUAAUGCUCACAUUUCUAAUUUAGCAUAAUCUAGAGUGAUGUAGAGGGACGCGGGUGGCGCUGUGGGUAAAACCUCAGCACCUAGGACUUGCCGAUCGCAUGGUCGGUGGUUCGAAUCCCCACGGCGGGGUGCGCUCCCGUUACUCGGUCCCAGCGCCUGCCAACCUAGCAGUUCGAAAGCACCCCUGGGUGCAAGUAGAUAAAUAGGGACCGCUUACCAGCGGGAAG